AUGGAACACCUUCCCACAAUACCAGGCACUGUCACUGGCAACGCUGCCGAUUUCGGUGGUAUGGGUCAACGACUGGUGGUGGAAAAGCCAAAGUUUGUGUUAGAUCCUGAUGUACAACUUCGAUGUGCGUUGUGUCACCGACAAGAAUCGACCGCAUGGCAAUUCCUCAUUCAUCUGGGCGCGGCACAUGCUAUCGAUUUAUUCCGCCUGGAAUCAAUGAAACCAACUCCUCAUUUGUCAAGCAGUAUGACUCUCUCCAGUGCAUCCCAAAUCCCAGGUGAAUUUCAGAACCCACGACAAUCCCCAUAUACGGAUAGUGAACUGUUGCUAACCAAGAGUGCGAGUGGAAGUCCGGUCAAGAAAGCUUAUUCGGAACCGACACAGUCACUGUUCCCUGCUUUGUUUGAUGCGUACAUCCGAAUGUUCCAGUCUUGGAACAAUCAUUUCCACGAACUAGAGACAACUCAGCGUCCACUCGUCACUCGUUCGGCGGAGCAAACUUUUCCUUCAUCUCCACUAUUACCAGGAAGAAGCUCCAUCGAAUACUCGUCUACGGGACCAAGCGAACUUACAUCGAGCGUUGCAAGAUUGGCUGAAAGUAACUUGUUCACUCCCGAUUCCACUCUUUUCUCAGCCGAAGAGCACCAAGGCAAACAAGUUCAACCAUCUUAUCCAAGUUUCGCCCAAAUUUCAACCGUCAGCAAGUAUCCUCUUCCAAUCUGUACUCAAUCAUCCGAGGAACUCGCUACUGUGGGGCCAGCGGUCCAACGACGUCCGACAAGCUUUUCUACCAGGCGCGAUAAAUGUGAAUACUGUGGUAAGGUAUUUCGGAAUUGCAGUAAUCUGACGGUGCACCGACGAAGUCAUACAGGAGAGAAACCGUAUCGUUGCCGCCUUUGUCCAUACGCGUGUGCUCAAUCGUCGAAACUCACGCGACACAUGCGCACUCACGGGGGGCCGGGAAUGACCGGGUCGGAACUGUAUUGUCAAUAUUGUAAUACUCCAUUUCUUUUGCACAACACAUUGGAGCGACAUAUGAGGAAGUGUGCCAAGGCGGCAAAAUGUAAAGAGGAUAAGAUGACAAAGAGUGGAACCGACGAGAACAGAGUCGGAUUGCAAAGGAACCGAGGUUGUGCCUGGACUUCCGGGAGUGAUUCUCCUAUUGCAAAGGUCACAUCAAACUUACUGGUAAACAGAUCGCACAGAAACACGCAACAGAUCACUUGA